GCCAUGCGCGGGUCUCGCGUGGUGCUGCCGCUGUCGCUGCUCCUGUCCCUGUCCCUGCUCCUGCUGUCGCUGCCCGCCCUCAGCCCUGCGGGCGCUUCGCAGCGCUCCGGCGGCAGCAGACAUAAUUUCUGAUCAUGGUGGACGAGAUCCACUGUUCUGUGUGCAGUUGGAUGACAUUUCGGGGAGACCAUAAUGAAUCUGGGUCUGAUCACCAAAGGCAAAGGAAAAGAUUAUUACACUAUUAUUAAGGCAAAGCUGAACUAUUUUCAACAGCCACAGGAUAUCAAAGAAUCUGAUUUUGUGGAGUCCUUGGAGAAGUAUGGCAGGCACUCUUUCUUAGCACCAUCACAAAUUCAGCCAUCGUUCUCUGCUUUUUAUCGUGCUGGUGAUCCAAUCCUCAUCUACUAUGAUUCGUCAUCUGUAUUGAGCAUGCUUAGACAGCCAAUAAAAAUGGGAGCCAGUGGACUUUGUGUUGAUGGAAAUCCUGCUGGCUUCCUGGACACUAAAACCACAAGUUGUACUCGGAUUUUUGCCAACUUGAGCAAGAGCUGCAUGACUGACCCUGCCCUAGAUGCUGCUUCCUACUACCAUGACUUCACUGUGCUAAAGGUCCCAAUUAAUGACACCGUUAUGCCAUCCAUGAAGGUAAAUGUCACUGCAGUCUCACCACCUGGAGCUCCCCACAUGAAAGACGAUACAUGCACCAAUGUUGUUUCUGAGGUGAUCUAUGAGAUAGAAUAUAGUGGCACAAGUGGGAUUCAGAGUGUUUCUGUCCAGUUCAAAGUCAGCAACAUCUCUGUGAACUCCGGAUCCUCUCUGCAGCAGCGCUUCACCAUGCACUUCUGGACCAGGACUCUUUCUCAUAUGUUGCCUAGAAGUGGAAACCCUGGCUAUAAUACUGGAGCACCACUGGUGAUUGCAAACAGUGGUGCCAUGCAACAUGUAUCCUUUUUCUGCUUCUGUCAGAUGAGCAUAUUAAGGAGUGAAAGUGAUGGAAGUUGUUCACAAUUUCUCAGGCACACAGUACAAUUUGGAAGGAAUAUGAGAACAGGCUGCAAAAUCAGCCUAUCCCCAACACUGGAAGACAGUAACUGUAGCUACAUACAGCAGAAGUUAUACAAGGCUUUUCAGGGGAUGAACAGAACAGAAGCCUUUGCUAUAACUGGCAGUGCUCAUUCAAACCAGGCAGAAGAGUUGAUGACCAUUCUGAUUCAGAACUGCAGUGUGCAGGCUGUGAAUUGCACUUCCUGUUGUAUGGUUCCUGUGACCCUGGAGAUACAGAUAUUGUGGACUAAAGUGGGCCUUCUAUCCAACCCACAAGCUCAAGUACUGGGUACACGGCACUUUUACCAGUGUCAGCCCCUCAAGUUUCUAAACAUGAGCAUGGUGCCUGUGACAACUGUCGUUACCUUCACUGACAUGACAGAUUGGCCAGAACCUCCACAAGGCCAGCCUCAAAUGCACUGGAAACUCCCAUUUGACAUCUUUUUUCCAUUCAAGGUAGCUCUGAAUGUAGAAAGAACUUGCAGAGGUGAUCUGGCUGGGUAUUUAUUGUUGAUUCUAAUAAUGUCUAGUAUUUUCUGCUUUUGAAGUAGAUGGAGCCUGUAUUUAAAAGUGUGGUGAGUGAAUUGAUAUAUUCAGAAUAUGACCCAGAUGAUGGAGUUUUGUCAUCAGGUUUUUAUACCAUUUCUGUGAUAUCUGUGUGCCUUCUGGUCUUGGAUUAAGCCAUGUGGGCUGCUUGUCCUCUCAUGUUCCUGUUCUUUGUAUAUGAACCAUCUGUGAACAUCACUGCAGUGACAUACUUGAGAAAUUUAGAGAUCCAGGGACAUCCGAGGAAGAGAACAUUAAAACUUAUCAUUCUGUGUCCCCAGAAACCAAGAAUGCUCUCUAAACCAGAGAGUAUGGAGAGAGAAGCAAAGUUCAAUCAAAGCAUUUUGGAGCUGCUUUCCUGUAGGAGAGGCAUUUGAUUUUUCUAUAUGGAACUAAUUGAACAUUUAAAAUAUAGGAGCUCUCCCAGGGGGCCUGAAUUCUUAUUUUAUGAGUAAACGUGGGCCAGUCACCCCUAACCUGUCCUUUUUAGAUGACAACUGCACCUCUGUGACAUUUUUUGAAUCUUGAUUUUCUGUGUCUUUUCAAAUACAAAUAUUCAUUUGAAAUUUUCAUGGUUUAAUCACUUUUUACAUUAGCAACACUGUUGCACAGAGCAAAGUAAUUGUAAAUGCUCUGAAAUACAGCUGAAUUUUAGUGGUUUGUCAAAACAUCUUCCUUCCUGAUCUUUUUUUUCCCCCUGGGAGAAAUGGGCCUGAAUGGAGUUUUUCCUAGAUAAGGAACAUUCUUUUAUUCCAGAUAGGAACUGAAAAUAACUACUGAAAUUCUAGUAGCACAUCAGAGAGACUUGUGAAUAGUUCUGAAGCUAAAACAUCGACUAUUUUAGGAAAAUUUGUAGUUGUAUUAUGAGACUGAAGCUUGCUACAAUACCUUACCUCUGGCUCAAUCUCUGAGACCAAGAAAUAAAUUUAUUGGUUUUGAAGUUAAAGGUGGUCUGAUUAUCUAGACUGCCCUUUGCCGUCACACAGGAAAUCUGCUUAAUUGUUCCAGGAAGCUGUUGGAUGAAAGUAUAUUCUUUUAGCAAAAGAUUUUAUUAUUUAUCUUCUUCGGAUGAUGGAAAAAUCUGCUCCAUCUCAUGUCAAGUGCUCCAAUGGAAUCAAUAAGGGCCAAAAAUUUCAGAGCCUAGUUUUAAUAAAAUGUAUUUGUUGCUUUUGUACCUAUACUGCACAUAGCAGCUCUGUUGCUUCUCCUCAUUACAAACUUAAAAAGGAAUGCAAAAAAUAAACUGAAAAACUAGUAAUUAGUGAGGAUAUCAAAGGAGAUAACACAAGUAAAACAAAACUACAACCCAUCUAAAAGCUUCUGAGUUAAUGUCACAUAUUUAUCUUUGUCAUUAUUUGCAUGGUUUCUUAGCUGGGAACGAAUUCUGUGCAAGUGUCUGCAGUGUCCGUUGAUUCCUGUUCUGGGACAGCCCAACCAAGCUGGUGUGAGCAUUCAGAACUGUGUGCAUUCCAGUAUUACACAGGACUGUACCAUUACACAGUACAGCAACAGCCUUUGAUUUUUAGAUACAUGUGGCUUCUCAGAUGUGCCUGUAAUACCUUUGAAAAGCUUUUCUCGGAACACGUUUGUAGUGUGUCCCAUGUCCUCUCAUGUCCUAAUUUGUGGAAUUCAGGAAAUUAAUUUAGAGGUGACAGUAACUGAAUUACAAAGGGUUAGCUGGAGAAACUUCCCAAAUGUAACAUGUCAAUGCUAAAUGUGUUGGGAUAGGGCUUGAAUAAAAAGGAUCUGGCAUCCUUGUUUUCUGCAUUAUUGAGGUAAUUCACUUAGGUAUAACCACAGAGAUACUGUUCACUCUAUAGGCUGCAAAUACAUGAAAUGCUGUAAGUAUGCAUCACUUUAUACACUGUAAUUAUCUGUCAUAAUUAUCUAACCUCCAGCAUGUCCUAUUUUUUAGCUCAUGUUUGUCUCCUUUCACAUUUUGUCAUAGCAAGAAAUAAGAGCUGGAAAGAGCCUUGUCCAUAUUCUGGUCCAGCCUGAAUUAAGGCAUAUUCAAAUUCUAUCUGCACGACAGCAGUGCUUGUGGGUUUAGAAUCUGCAGUUUCCUAUGGCAGUGCAUUUUCAUGUCUACUUUAUCACGCUGUGUUUUUCCCCUCUGCCUGAUCUGAAAUAGCCUGUGUUGCAAUUCAGUAUCAGGCAACGUUAUGACACUGUCACAGGCAAGGCAGACUCAUAUGUCACUUGUACAGGAAUGGAGUGUUUGUACUCCAUGUCAAAGGGCUGAGACAAAACUCUAGUUUCUCUGCUGCCAGCAUUCUAGCUAGAGCCAUCUUUCCCACAUCUCCCUUUUUUGAGGCAGUAACACUGUUUUACACUGUCCGAGUGAAGACGAUCUUUACUAGGUAAUUUUUAAAGUCCGUUCCAAACAUAACCCUCGUUUCUUUAGAAGACAUAAUUUUAGAUUUCAAAGCAGGAGCAAUUGUAGAAGCCAGGGGCGGGGCGGGGCCGGAAGCGACGGGAGGCGGCAGGGACUGAGGCAGCGGAGAGCUGGGCCGCGCCGUGCAGAGUCAGGCGGGUGAGUGGGGCCGUGCCGAGCCGAGCCAGGCAGCGCCGAGCCGAGCCGAGCCGUGCCAGGCAGCGCCGAGCUGAGCCGGUCACAGCGGCCUCGGGCGUGCCCGGAGCGGAGAAGCGGGCUGGGCGUCGGGCGCGGGGUUGCGGCUCGGCUGGACCCGGGGGGAAAGAAGUGAGCUCAGCCUGAGAGCUGCCGGGGGCACCGCACGCCGCCGGUGUCUCGGACCCCGCAGACUCCAGAGCUGCACAGAUUCGGGGUCGCUUUUUCUCGGCGGUCUCAGAGCGUUACUGCUGCGGGGAGUUACUGGCAGUGUGAAAUUGCAGUUUGAUCCCCUGCGGGCACCCGACGAACUGGUAAGAGCUGCACGGGCCUCAUCCAUCCGGAGAUCAGUGAGAGCAGAGCUGUUGCUCCUCUAGAGGUUUCUUUUUCCUUGCCGGUUUCUGGUGCCUACAUGCAAGAUUUCUCCGUGCCCAAAGAAAGUAUUUAAACCCUCCUGACACUUGCAUGACAGCUAACAGUCACUCCCUAGGUUUUGACCCGACUUUGUGAUAAGCCUGUGUUCUUCACAUACUGUUUCUUCACAGUAGACAGAACAGGAUCAGAUUAGAGGUUUUUUAAAGUAACCUGAUAGCUCUCUGGAAAGAGUAAUCAAACUGUAGAUAAUAGAGAUUGAAGCAAAGCUUACAUGGUUUACCGGAAUUAUUUGACAACUGUUUUUAUAUUAUGAAGUCAAGAGUUUUAUUUUUUUCAAAUGAAAAAUAACUCAAAUAUUUCCAUAUGCUUAUAAAAAUUUUCCACAUGCUUAUGUCUAUGGCAAUGCUGUACCAUAAAUCUGAUGGAUACUUGGAGUGUUUACCUUCUUCCUCUUCCCAUAUUUGCUCUUGAGAAGAAGUUUAUAAAGGGUUAAAAUAAACUUUUCUUCUUUUCUGCUGUGUAGUAAACUAUUUAUGUUUAAUCACUUUGGAAAUAAUAUUACCUGUUCCAUAUUUGUAUCAGUGAAUAUUUUUUGUAGUGUAAAUUGUUUUGCUGAUUUUUUUUUUUUUUUUGCUGUAUUUCCUUGCUCUUCUAAGCUACUGUUUUGUCACGAUUGUCAUAAAAAUUGUGUUCAAUAGCAAAGUAAGCAUCUUUCAGGCUUAGGUUGAGUAAUUCUUCAGCUGUUCUUACUGCACGUUGUGUUACUAGGAAUACAAAAGCAGUGGUGUUCUUAUGGUUUUCUGCAGCAUCUGGGGAAGAAAACAUCUGAGAAUCACUGUGCAUGAUACUCUGAAAAGUGAGUUCAAGAUGUAGUGAAAAAAAAAGUAAAUAGAAUAGUAAAAAUUAUCACUUAAGGAAUGAAAUGCAGAAUAAAAGACCAUAUUAUGCCAGUAUAUUAAUCCUUUCUUUGUCCAGAUUCGAGUACUCUGUUCUCUACUCGUGUUCCGGACUCUCCCUUGGCUAGUAUGCAGCACUGUGUUUGGGCUAAUCAAGGAGGUGGAGGAAGAGCAGUGGAAAUCAUUACAUAUAUAUGAGAUAGGCUUGAUAUAAGGAAAGCAGGAGCAUCCUAUGCUGAUGUCUUAGUGGCAGUGUAGUCUAAGGAAUUGCUGCACUUCUCUCUUUCUGGUGCUAAUAUUCACUUGUAUAGAUGGGUGGGUCAAUUAGUCUCUGACCAGAAUAUUACCAUGAUCAAGCUGCCUUGCUUGGGGACAGGAAUUGCAGCUUUGAUCAGAAGGGGUGGCAAAACUGGAGCACCUCUGGUGCUAGAAUUGUUCAGGGACAACUUGAGCAUGACAGCAGAUGGAGGAAUGAGGUAGGUGCACUGCAAGUCUGUAAAAUCAUCAGUGGUAUGAAGGUGAAUAACCCCAGUCUCCACAAAGCUGGAAACUAGGGGAGUAUUCAACUAGUUUUGAUUGCUUUCUUGUCCUACCCAUGUACUUUAUCUCAGCAUCUGAUAGACUGCUGUUCUACCUAUGAGUUUUGUUUUAUUUUACUUGUUUACCUAUGUGAUGUCUGGCAGUUGUACAACCUUCAUUUGAUGGAUGUAGGGAAACUGGAACAGAACUGGGAUGCUAGUUAUAUCAUCAUUAUCUUAACAGCUGCUGCAACCUGACGUUUUGCGGCUCACUGCUCAAAACAGGUGGUAGAAGAAAGUAGCAAUAUUUGAUUGAAUCAAGAGUAAAGAGAUGUUAGGAAGAAGGAAAUGCUUGAAAGAUUUUACUUAAUCCUGUCUUGAGGUUUAUUAGUGGUUUAAUCAUGCUUGAUUAAAUUAACCUGUCCUUAUGUUCCUCACUUAGAAAGUUUGAUUAAAGCAGAUACUCUGUGUGAUUUUUUUCUCUUUUUGUGUAUUUUUAAUUAGCUGGGGAAUAAAAUAUUUGCAUAGAGAUGUACUUGUGUUUCUUGCAAUUAUGUCUGGAAUGCAGGUAGGUGGACUGAAGCAUGUGUGCCUACACAAAUGGUUAUUACCAUCAACAUAGUUCCAUGCUUUUUUUUGAAGAUGGAGCUCUCUUUAGGAUUACUGAAGGUUCACUACCUUUAACUGUCUGAAACCACAGUUUUACAUUUCUCACUUCUUACUAUGCUUGCACAGUACACUAAGGUAAGUAACUGCUGACAACAUAGGAAAUCUAGAAUUCCCUGCCACUAACAAGGAUCCUUCCAUAAAAACUACUGGUUUCAUGUAGCAAAUGAAAGUACUGAUUUAUUUUGUAUGCAUUUUCUCUUACCAAUUCGAUACCUAUUUGAGUAUCUGAAAAAGAAAAGCAGCUCCUCAGUAUCUGCAAUGGUUAUGGGGAACUUGUUGCUUUUUAUUUGGAAGCACAUUUUGUAGAAGUUGUAUAUGCUAAAAAUUGGCCAGGUGAGCUUAAAAUGAGACCAUUUCCAUUUCUUGUUAGCUUUUCAAAAUGAAUCACAAUAUUCUGUGUUGGAAGAGACCUACAAGGAUCACAAAGUCCACCUGCUGAAAGGCUUGACUUGAUAUAAAAAAAGGGCUUGUCUUAAUUAAAAAAAAAAAAAAGUCGUCUGUUGUGAUACACCUUUAGUUACCAUUCUGGGUUUUUUUUGUGAGUGACCAACAUUCUGGUGUUGUCAUUGGUUUUACUCUGCAAUUGCUAAUAGUUGGAGUGGGGAGGAGGGGAGAGCAGGGCUUAUGUGCAUUAUGAUGAUUAAACCAAAUUCCACUUCUGGCAAAGUAAUGAUCUCCAAAUAGUCUUCUAAUAAAGUGAUGACCUUA